AUACAACUUUAUUGAGUGCCCUAUAGGCUCCGCAUUGCAAAGUGGUCGACUGCUAUUCUCUCCUCCAUCAUAGCAGUAUCUUACUCAGAAGCUAAGUCACAAUAUUCUUUCGUCAGCAACGAUCAUGCCUCGAACAAUACGUAUAGCAGCAGCCCAGAUAGGAGCAGUCCAUCGAGACACGCCGCGAGAAAAGGUCCUCCAACGAAUGAUCAACUUACUCGAAAAUGCCUCAAACCGCGGAGCAGAAGUCGUCCUCUUCCCCGAACUAGCCUUCACAACAUUCUUCCCCCGCCACUUAAUCACCUCAGAAACAGAACUCUCCAACUUUUUCGAAAACGGCAACAUCACUACAUCUCCUCAAACAGCCCCCCUCUUCCAAAAAGCCUCCUCUCUCUCCAUCGACAUCAUCAUCGGCUUCGCAGAAACCACACCCGAAAACCAAAACUUCAACACGAGCAUCUACUACCACUCCAAAACCCAAACCAUCCUCUCCAAAUACCGCAAAAUCCACCUCCCAGGAACCUUCGAACCCUUCUCCAACCCUGACGCAACCAACCAACUCGAAAAACGCUACUUCCUCCCAGGAGACCUCGGGUUCGAAGCCUUCCGCAUCCCAGAUCUAGCACAAAACACAGAACCCAUCUUCGGUAUGCUAAUCUGCAACGAUCGUCGCUGGCCCGAAGCCUGGCGCUGUCUCGGACUCCAAGGCGUUAAAGUCGUACUUUGCGGAUAUAAUACUGCAGCUUUCGCUCCCGAACUCUGGGGUUCGGAUGCGAAUCAAUCACCAGAGAAAGCGGAAGAGGAUGCGCUUUCUCAUCAUCGGCUUGUGAUGCAGAGUAAUAGUUACAUGAAUGCGACGUAUAGUGUUUGUGCGGCGAGGUGUGGAUUGGAUGAUGGGAAGCUUGGUUUAAUUGGAGGGAGUUGUAUUGUUGAUCCGGAGGGGAGGAUUUUGGCGGAGGCGAAGACAAAGGGGGAUGAGGUGGUUCUUGCGAAGAUUGAUUUGGAGAGGUGUUGGCAGGGGAAGACGAAGACGUUUGAUUUUGAAAGGCAUAGGAGGGUGGAGCAUUAUGGGAGGAUUGUUGAGCAGACCGGCGUGGUGGAGCCUCCGAGGUUGUUUGCUGGGGAAGAUGUUGCGAGUGCUCGAGUUAAUGGCAGUUCUGCUGCUGCAGCCAACAGCAUACCGAUGAGACCUACCAUUUCGCACAAGACAGAUCAAAUACGAAUCCUCCUGAUCAAUCCAAACGCUACGCCUUCGAUGACUGCGUCCUGCGUUGCCUCUGUCUUACCAACAUUGCCGCCUGACGUUUCUGUGACCCCCUUUACCGGGCCUUCGAACGAUGCACCAACAGCAAUUGAAGGCCAAGUCGACGCCAUACUUUCUUCAGCUGCCUGCUUCCGCUCUCUGAUCGCUCAGCCAGACCUGAUCGCCACACACGACGCCAUUCUCGUAGCUUGCUAUUCCGCACACCCACUUAUAAACAUGCUCCGCGAAGAAUACGAUCUUCCAGUAAUUGGAAUCAUGGAAUCCAGCCUCCUGAUCUCCCGAACUCUAGGCUCCAAAUUUGGUAUCGUGGCGACAUCUGGACGCUCAGCGAUAGCUCACUGGAGCAAUGUAGCACACUAUAACAUGACGCCUUACUGUGCUGGAAUCGAGUCUUGCGACCUAGGAGUUCUGGACCUCGAAAGAUUACCUAGAAAGGAAGUUAUGAAGAUUCUGCAAAAUGUUUCGAGAAAGUUGACAUCGCAAGGAGCAGAAGUGCUAUGUCUUGGGUGUGCGGGGAUGACAGAGAUGAAGCUCGCGCUGGAAGAGGUUGUAUCGCAAGAAGGCGUGCAAGUUGUAGAUGGUGUUGUGGCAGGAGUGCAGCAUUUGAUUGGGAUUGUGAGGAUGGGUGGGAAGACGGGGAAGAAAGGUGUUUGGAGGAGUAGUGCUGAUGGAAGGAAGCGAAGGGGGCAAGAAUAUGUGUAGAAUAUGUCUGUCAGUGCAAGAGAUGUGACUUUGGCGUGAAAGCAUUCUCCGUGGAGGAAGGCGGAUUGUUCCUUGCAAUUGUGAGACUCGUCCACGGAAGCACGGCGCGGUCUU